UUGUUGUUCUCUUCCUCACUCUUCUCUUUGUUUUCUUUUGCUUAAAAACCUAACUCAAAGCAAAAAUAAUAACUGUUUGAUAUCAGCAAAAAAAGAUGUCAAGCUCCAACAAUUCUGCACCGGAACAACUCUGCUACAUCCCUUGCAACCUUUGCAACAUCAUUCUUGCGGUGAAUGUUCCAUGCAGCAGCUUGUUUGAAACCGUGACUGUCCGAUGUGGUCAGUGCGCCAAUCUGUGUUCGGUAAACCUGGCAACUUCAUUUCAAUCGAGGGCUGGAAAAGAUAUUCAGGUGGCUAAUAACUAUACUUCGUCGGAGUACCGAUUUGACUUAGGCUCUUCUUCCAGAAGCAAGAACAAGCUACCAAAGCGAGCACCAACCAUCACUACCACUCCGGAAACGGUUGUGAAUCGACCUCCUGACAAGAGGCAUAGGGCGCCUUCAUUGUACAACCAGUUCAUCAAGGAGGAGAUUCAAAGGAUCAAGCUGAACAAUCCUGAUAUCACUCACAGGGAGGCAUUUAGCACUGCUGCCAAAAAUUGGGCACGCUUCCCUCACAUCCAUUUUGGACUGAUGUUGGAGACUGACAGUCAACCUAAGCUGAAUGAUGACUCGACUGAGCAUUUCCAACAGCUGCUUAAGUGAAUAAAUGGCUAUUGAUUUCGAAGAUCAUUUUAGUGAUUAUAUAUCUAUUUAUGUUGGUGAAGACUUGAAGUAAAAGGCUUUCAUUAUGAGGGCUGAAUGAACCUAAAUUGUUUGUUUAAAUGCAUUUGAACAAGUUGCU